GCGAUCAAGCAUUUCAUUGAAAAAUAUUACAAGAAGUAAUUUUUGUAAAUUAAAUUAAAAUUUAAAAAACUUAUGUAAAUAUAUCUCGCAACUAAUUAAAAAAAAAAACUAAUAUUAAAAUGCAGUUUAUUUGAAAUAAAUUUUAAUUUUUGUGCCGUCAUACAUAUUAAGUUUAGUGCGCGUUGAAUUACUUGUAAAUUUUUUAUAAUUUAUUUUCCGUAGAAGUGUAAAAAAAUAAAACAUAUUUUUAAAAUUUCGAUUUUUGAUCAUAAUAAAAUAAAUAUAAAUCAGUAUAUCUACAAUAGUACAUAAUUGAUAUAUUUUAAAGUAUGGCGACAUUCAAAAUACAUCAUGAUGAGAAAGAAAAUAUUGAUCACCCAAUAGCCGCUGGAUCCAAAUCUAGCAAUGCAAUAACUAAUAAAGACAAAAGAUCAACUCUUGCUGUAUUAAGCAAUUUGUCUAAUCAAGCAAGGGCACUUCAAGGAGGAAAAACGGCGUUUGCGGAUGUUAAAUUAUCGGGAACCUACCAACAAAAUGUUUUUAAGCAACAAAAGCAAACUUCGAUAGUAAUUGGGGGAGCCGAAAAUUAUGGAACUGGAGCAAUUUGCGUUCAAACUAAAAGGACGACGGUUGAAAACACUGUUAAUCAUCAGGCUUCUUCGACUGCAAUUUCAAUCGAACAAUCGAAAAUUUUUACUGUUUACGAGGACGACUCUUCUGAAAAUACUGAAAUUUCCGAUAAAACCAACGUUAAAAACAAAAAAACUUUGGAUGAAAGUGCAAAUAACUUAGAGGGUGCAAUAAGAGAUCCUUUGAAAGACAUAACUAAACAUGAAUCUGGUUCUGAUACUCCAAUGUCAGUUACUGAUAUUCUUUCGUCACCUAUGUCGGUUGAUAAAUCAUCAAUUAGUCAAAUUGACAUUAUUGGUGAUGAUUCUAUUGCUGCUGUAAUCGAUGAUUCAAUUGCACCGGUUGCUCAAGAUUUAGUUUCAGAAGAAAAGCGUAAAUUAUUGAAAAAACCCAGAAACGAUCGUGAGCGUUUUUAUGAAGUUGAAGAGUAUCAAGAUGAUAUUUUAUCAUAUUUCCGUGAUGCUGAAAAACGAAGCAGACCUAAGCCUGGGUAUAUGAAACGUCAAGCGGAUAUUAACUAUACAAUGCGCACUAUUCUUGUUGACUGGCUAGUUGAAGUAUCUGAAGAGUACAAAUUAAAUACUGAGACAUUGUUCUUAGCCAUAUCGUACAUUGAUCGAUUUUUAAGUUGUAUGUGCGUUGUUAGAGCAAAAUUACAGUUACUUGGAACAGCUGCAAUGUUUAUUGCUGCCAAAUAUGAAGAAAUUUAUCCGCCAGAUGUUGGAGAAUUUGUUUUUAUUACCGAUGACACUUACACGAAAACUCAAGUAUUACGAAUGGAACAAAUUCUAUUGAGGAUAUUAGAUUUUGAUUUAUCUGGUCCAACUAGUUACGUAUAUAUAAAUACAUAUGCUGUUUUAUAUAGUAUGUCGGACAAAGUGAGAUUAUUUGCCACCUAUUUGGCCGAGCUGGCUCUUUUGGAAGGGGACCCAUAUUUAAAAUAUCUUCCUUCUCAAAUUUCUUCAGCUUCUGUUGCACUAGCUAGAUUUACUUUGGAUUUACCAAUGUGGGAUAAUGAAUUGAAAAAAAUUUCCAGCUAUGAUCUUUUUCAAUUAAAAGAAAUUAUAGUGCAUUUAUGUCGUAGUCAUAAUUCCUCAAAAACUUUACAGCAACAAGCCAUACAGGAAAAAUAUAAACAGGCUAAGUAUUUAGAAGUUGCUAAAAUUGAACCAGUGGAUAUUAAUGCAGAAAAUAUUGAAGAAAUAUUAUUAGAGCAAUUAGAAUUGAUACAACAGGAAAAUAGUUUUGAAGAAGAAUCUGACACAGACGUAAUAUGUAGUACAAAUUCGAAUAAUGAAAGUGUUAGAAAAAUGAUUUCUUCGUUAAUUUUUUGAAAAACCUUUUUCUGCAUUUAUAUAUAUAUAUAUAUAUUAUUUUAUGUAUACAUUUUAACAUGUAGCAGAAAAUAAGUAUCUUUUUUUAAUCAAUUAAUUCUCAUAUAACAAGCACUAUUGAAAUAUCCUACUCAAGUAGGUUUAAUUUUAAUUUCUUAACAAAUUUAUUAAAAAUUUAAUAAUACUUUUUUUGAUUUUAAAAGUAUAUAUAAAUUUAGAUAUACAUACAUUAAAAA